AUGUCGGUCAUGAGUGAGAGCAAACACGGGGUUGAGUACCUCACGGUUGAUUCCACGUUCGGGGCCGUCAAAGGGUUCAUCAAUAAAGAUUAUCCGAAUGUUGCCCAAUUGCUCGGCAUCCCCUUUGCAGAGCCACCAACAGGAUCCCGACGCUGGCUUCCUCCCAUACCGAAAGAGCCUCCGACAGUGAUUGAUGCUACGAAGUUCGGGCCCUCCUGUCCGCAACAAAACAAAGGCGGCGGACCUUCAGUGUACAACACAGAUGUUCCUGAACUUCAGAUCAGAGAUGAGACUUCCGAAGAUUGCUUGUCGCUAUGUAUAUGGGCACCAAAAGAGGCAGUUGAAAGCACAUCAACAGCCAGACUGCCCGUCAUAGUCUUCAUCACUGGCGGCGCGUUUCUCGUCGGCGGCACAACUGUGCCAUAUCAAAAUCCCACGCCAUGGGUUGAAAGCAGUCAGAGACAUGUUGUAGUGUCCAUCAACUACCGCCUCACAAUCUUUGGCUUUCCAAAUGCCGCGGGUCUCAACCCUCAUGAGCGAAAUCUAGGCCUCCUUGAUCAGCGUCUCGGUCUGGAAUGGGUGCAUAAGCACAUUGCAUGUUUUGGCGGCGACCCGUCGCGAAUGACGCACUUUGGUCAGUCCGCCGGUGCUCGCAGUAUAGAUGCUCACUCUUUCACGUACCCCGACAAGCCUCUGGUGAGGAAUAUUAUCAUGAACUCUGGCUGCGCACUGCCUCCGCUUCCAGUGAGUGAUCCUGGAUGCACACACUUUAGCUUCCUAGCAAAGUCUAUGGGUUUUGAAGAUGGUGAUGCUGUCGCCGAGCUGGAGUUCAUGAGGCAGCAGCCAGCUGGCAAGCUGGUGGAUGCGAUCCGUGAGCACUGGGCUACGAGUGAAAUGCCUUUCCUAAGUUUCCGGCCUAUCGUCGACGGUUUUACCCUGUUUGACGACUACGAAGAGCGUGUUCAAUCCGGAACGUUUAGCAAGCUUCCCGCGAUCUGCGGGACGAUGAAUGACGAAGGCACAGCAGUAGCGUUUUAUAAACCCGAAGGCCCCGAUCCAACGGUGGCAGAACGAAUUACAAAAGGUUACUUCCUUGGACCUAUGGUCAAGAUGGCAAGGUAA